AUGAGUAACAAUCUAGAAGUACAAAAGAAAAUAAAACAAGAACUUUCUAAAUACAAUGGUCAACGUCUUUCAAUUGAACAUAUGGAUUCAUUGAUUUAUUUAGAGUGUGUUCUUGGUAAAGUACUUCGUUUAGUAGCACGAGUAUUAGCAAGAGACAAACUUUAUUGGGCAGAUUUAUAUGAUCUAAAUGAAUUUUAUCCUGAAAUAUAUUUAAAUGGCCCUGAAAAUAAAAAGAAUUUAGCAGCACUAAUGCCACUUGGCGGUGAACAUAGAAUGUGUAUGGAUCAAGAUUUAGCUCGCUUAGAGUUGAAAUUAUUUGUGCUAGGCUUAUGUAAUUUGCGACAUUUGAUGAUGGUUGACAUGAACUAA